AUGGGUGUCACCAAAUUUGUCAUGGUGCCUCUAGCCAUAGCUCUUGUGCUCGUCGGGCUGGUCGAGAGCUUCGAGUUCAGCGAGAAGGACUUGGCCUCUCAGCAGAGCCUCUGGGACUUGUACCAGAGGUGGAGGAGCCACCACACUGGCUCCCGUGACCUCGAGGACCGACGGAAGCGCUUCGACACGUUCAAAGACAACGCGAAGUACGUCCACGAGGCCAACCAAAUGGACAGGCCUUACAAGAUGAAGCUGAAUGAGUUCGCCGAUAUGACCAACCAAGAGUUCAUCAGCUCGUACGGUGGCUCGAAGGUGGUUAACGACAGCAUGUUCCACCACGAGGAACCGCCAAGGGCCAGCCGGUUCAUGCACGAGAAGACCAGGAACGUUCCCCUUUCGAUUGAUUGGAGGGCACUGGGAGCUGUUACCGGUGUCAAGAAUCAAGGAGGAUGUGGUAGUUGCUGGGCAUUCUCGAGUGUGGCGGCUGUAGAAGGUAUUAACCAGAUCGAGACGAAGGAGCUCGUGUCGUUGUCGGAGCAAGAGCUCGUCGACUGCAGCAAGAAAAACCACGGUUGCGAGGGGGGACUCAUGGACUACGCCUUCGACUUCAUCAAGCGGAACAGAGGCAUAACCACGGAAAUGAACUAUCCUUACACAGCCAAAGAUGGCUAUUGCAAUCUCCCCAAGAGGAAUGCUCCUGUAGUCAAGAUUGAUGGGCAUGAGAAGGUGCCGAAAAAUGAUGAGGAGGCUCUGAUGAAAGCGGUGGCCAACCAACCGGUAGCGGUGUCCAUCGACGCCGGCAGCCUAGAUUUCCAAUUCUAUUCCCAGGGAGUGUUCGACGGGAACUGCGGAACGGAGCUGAAUCACGGGGUGGCGGUGGUGGGAUACGGAAGCUCCAGGGACGGGACGAAGUACUGGACCGUGAAGAACUCGUGGGGCACCAAUUGGGGCGAGGGAGGCUACGUCCGAAUGCGGCGCGGGGUCGACGAGGAAGAGGGCUUGUGCGGCAUCGCCAUGGACGCCUCUUAUCCCAUCAAGUCCGCCUCGACUCCGAGUACGCGCGAAGUUCGAGACCUCGAGUAA